GAUACGGUACUACGCCGACAACUAGUACUCGUACUUGUUCUUCACUCAUCAUGCGCCCAUGUACGUACAUAGAUAUUAAAAUACUGGGUGGCACUUGGACCCAAACCACUGAACCAGUCACGACCCACGAGCCGACUUGCGUCGCCGCGCCGCACACCUCCCAAUCCAAGGCUCGCGCGAGCCGGAGGCCCGGAGCCCCCACCCCGCCUUCUUCUACUACAAAAGGCGCACGCCCAAAUGCCUCGCAGCCCCGCUCCCGCACACUCCUCACUCUCGCCGCCGAGCCGUGACUCCAGAGCAGAGCACUCCGCCUCCGUGAAGCAGAGCACCGCCACCGCACCAUGAAGCGAACCAGAGCGCAGCAACCCAAGGUGGUCCAGGAGCCGCAGGACGCCGCCGCCGCGAACCACAACCCCAAGCCCCAGCGCCGGGCCAAGCAGCCGAGGCAGCCCAAGGGCGCGGCCAAGAAACCCACCGCGACGGUUCGUGGCGCAGCGGUCGCGGCCGCUGCCACCGCGGCUGGUGACGCUGCAGCCGCUGCGUCUCCCGGGGCGGAGACGGCGCCCACCGUGCCGGACGUGUGCAGCAUCGGGGAGGGGGAGGCGGACGCCCACACCGUGGAGUGGGACCUCGACGGCGGCAUCAGCAACGGGUCGUGGUGGACAUGGGGCGUGGAGGAGGAGAAGCUGCUCGGGUGGUUCCCCUUCGUGGAGGAGGACUUCCGUUGCCUCGGCGGUCGUGGGGGUGACGCCGAGGUUGCCUUCGACGACGACAUUUGGAGGAUCCACCAAAUCUACGAGAUACCCAAUUACGCCGCCAAGUGACGGGAUUCCCUGCAUUCCGUGAAUCUAGAUAGGAACCGAGCUGGUGCUGCUGCUUUUGCUCAUCUUGUUCUGGCCGGAGAAGGUUUUGGUACAGGAAUGGGGAAUGUGGCAAUCGAGAAGAUGUAGGUGAGCUAGCUUGUUAAAUAGGGAUGCUAUGCAAGUCGCAAUGAUGCAAUUCCAAGUGCUUCUUCGUUGCUCCCAUCGAUCGUGCAGUCUGUGCCCUGCUUGAUUCCGUGCGUUUGUUUCUUCAUGUUGCGCAAUCUUCUCCCGUUCUUAAUGAAGUUGUGCGCGUCCAUGAAAUU